GAUUUUUGUGGAGUACUUGGCAACACUGCUCAUUGCAUUAGCUGCACCGCCUGAGAAUUUGCAGUAAUUAAAGGAUCUCCAAAUGAAUGAUGAUUGCCCAUUUCCAGAGUGAAUAAAAAUCCUUCCUUAAAAUUAACGUGUGGUUGACAGGUACUCUGCAGACCUUGCACAGUAGUGUUUUAAUUACCUUUGUGCAGCCCUGAGCUCACUUCUCCGAAAGUCAAAGUUUAAAACAUUCCGUCAUUACGGAGCACUCAUUAACAGCAUAGUCUGCAUUUGUUGAAUUCCCAUUAAAUCUUUAAAAAAUGCACAGUCUAGCUGAAAGUCCAUCAUUGCCAAGUUUGUCUUAAUGCAAUGCCUGAUUAAUGUCAGAAGGCAGUACCUGGGCGUUUGUGGGUUGUAUUUGUGUGGGGUUUUUUUUUUUUUUUUUUGCAGUCUAGUCUAUGCAGCUGAACGAAAAAGUAACAGAGAAAAAAAAAAGUGAUUUCUAUCUCAUCUCUUCCCAGCAGUUCUGUUUGUGCGACCGGUUGCUGUUCAGCGUAAAGGAAGUGACUGUCAUUUAGUGAAGAAAAACUUCUGUGGACAAGGAGGGGGCCACCAGAGCAGACACUGGCACCAAUAACACACCUGUGAAAAGGUAAGCUGGCUUUAAGGAGUUUAACAUAGGCUCUCAAUCACUGGCAGUGUACUCUAUAUCUGCAUGUGUGCUUAGUGUGCAAGAGGCGUGCAACCCAGCAGGAUCUGGACUGCUAGAGGUGACAUUUCCUCUGGCUGCAAACUUGUAUUUUAUACCAUACCGUGUUGGGGGAAGGGUGACAUUUCAUUAUGGGAAAAAGAAAAAGAAAAGAAAAAUACAGAAAAUAACUAAAUAAUCCUAAACCAAGCUCUCAUUUAUGGUUGAUUUAUUAAUAAUUGUUGGAGAUUAAACUAAUGUGGAGCCAGGGUUGACUCUCUAAAAUAUCUGUCUGUCAUCUUUUUUGUAAGAUUUUUCUAAAGGUGAUUUUAAUUAGAUUAUUUUUAUUGUUAGCAACCAUGCAGCAAAAUGAAGCAUUACAAGAGAAUACAACCAAGAAUAAUACGAAACAAAAAAAAAAUUUAUAUAGAGAAAUAAAGACGUGUUUGAAACUGUUCAUAUAACAUUUUCACAUGCAUCCGUAUUUCUAGUUUCUAUACAUGCCAGAAUUUAAGUAAAGCAAAUGUAAAUGUUUAAUAAACCUAUUGUGCUAAAGUACAGCGUCAGAUAAACAGAGAGACUUGGAUCACUUCCAUUUCUUUUGAGGCACCUGAUAUAUAAAUAAUAUUAAUUUAUAAUGUACUGCAAGCGCCAUGACCUCGUAUUAGGCCACAAGUCUACAGUGGCAUGAUGGAGUUUUGGAUUUUAUUUUGAACAUAAUUGGAGAGAAGAAUGUCGAAUGGGUAAAUUUGGAACCUGCUGUGGUUGUGGAACCUUGUGGUUAUGCCAAGCCUUGCUGUGGCGGGUACUUAACCCAGUCUCCAUGUGAGAUUCCGUAUAUCGCGUUAGUCACAGUUGGUAAAAAUUCCACUGACUCAAAUCACAAUGCUUCACAUUGGCAGGUGCAGUAUCCCAUCUAAAGGGAGUAAUAUGUCUUGUGAUAGAGAACGUUGGCAGCUUGAUACUGGUGCAGGCAACACGUCACCUAUCUGCAUUAGAGCUAGGCUGGGCGAGAAACCAAAGUAAUCGGUUUACUCAGCACAAGUGAUGCAAUUUUCAUUUAGCUUCUGGAACCGAAGCAAACCUUUUUGAAAUUCUAAAGAUAAAUCACUCUUCCUUGUUGAAUCCAUGCCAUGGGAAGACUUUUCUUCCAACAUCCGCUUUAAGAGUUGGUGCAUCUCAUUCUGCAGCAGCCCAGCUAUAGCCAGCACCGGCUACCCUGCUGCAGCCCUUACCGAGGGCAGAUAUGCAGGAUUUGUCACUCCGUAAUUUUCUUUAAAUACUUUGCUUAUAAUAAUACGGGAUUUACUAAUGGUAUUUCCUUAGGCACAAAGUAGUGAUGAGCACCAUGAAGAGAUCUCUGUAUAAUUGUUGCUUUUAUCAUAUUAUUAAGUUGGGUUUGCAUUGUUGCUGCAUAGCCCUGCUUACACCUAUAGAAAAUCAGUGAAGAAAUAGCCCUGUUACAUUGUAGCAGCCCAGUUUAUAUCUAUAGGACAUCACUUACAAUGUAAAAUAUAUAUUUCAGGUUUUAACGUGCGUGAGAGAACAGUGAGAUAGCAGUAUAAUCCUUUGAAAGCUAAUAUAUUUUGUAUUUUUUAUUUAAAUCAGCGUUCAAUUUGAAGAAUAUUGGGACAGAAAGAACAUGAGGACCUUUCCAAGCUGGGAUUGGGUGAGUGCUGAUUCCAAACUACUACCAUGUGGUGCCAUACAUGACUCACAGCUCACAUCAUCCUCAGCCACAGCUGUUAUAUUCUAUGUUAUUUCUUUAUAACGGGUUUUCUCAUUCUGUUUUCAAUGUAGAAGAAAUGUAAGAUUUGGUCAUUAUUGUUCGAUCAGAGCACUUUAGAAAUCCUUAAACCUUUUGGCUAAAGAAAUGAUUCCACAUGAAAGGGUGAUCAAUGGAUUAAAUGUGCUUUUAAUAUAUUGUACAUAUACUAUUAUAAGUUGUUGUGCAAACAUUUAAUGUCCAUAUUUAUUUAGUGUAAAAGAUAUUUAUUUAUUUUUUGGUUAAUUGCCAUCUGUGUGUUGUGAGCUGCUGUGUUCCCUCCGGUGUGAGCUGCACAUUGUACAGACAGCAGUUGGUCCGCCUCAGUGCUGCCAUCAGAAAUUUUGAGGCCCCUUACACAGUUCAAGGCCUGUGCCCCUGGGGCUCGCCCCGAGUUCUUCACAGGGUCCAACCCAUGAGUCUGUCCCAACAAGGAAGAGUAAAGAGGAUGCAGUGUGUGUGUUUGUGUGUGUGUGUAGUGGAUGCAGUGUGUGUGUAGUAGAUGCAGUGUGUGUGUGUAGAGGGGAUGCAAUGUUUGUAGUGGAUGCAGAAUGUGUUUGUGUUAGUUUGUGGCGUUGGAGGGCUAUGGGAGGGUGAGCAGUUUUUUUAAAAAAUGUAUAAUUAAGUUUAACUGGCCACAGGUAAGAGGCAGUGAGGGGGACACACUAGAUUCCCUGGUGAUCCAGUGGCACAGCAGCUUGUAUGUGAAGAGAGGGGCAUAGCAGACUUCAUCAUCCACCUCCAGCCAGGCGUCAGGUACUCGUCUUCUCUCAUGAAUUUGGCAUGCACGCAACCCAAGGCAAUGCUCUGACAGCUGCAGCUCGCAAGAGGACACUGUGGGGGUGAAUUCUGGUGUCUCCUGGGCCGUAUGCCCCCACUUCACUAUAUAGGCUAGUAGGGACCUGCAGAUGCAUUUAUAUAUAGCGAUACUUGGUGUGUGUAUGUAUAUAUAUAUAUAUAUAUAUAUUAUAUGCACAAUGGGGGUAUAGGGGCCGGAUGGUCGGGACCCCAUACAGCUGUAAUGGCUGUACCCCCCUAAUGGCGGCCCUGGUCUGUCUAACUGUUUGGUUUAAACCCCCCACAAUAUAUUUUACACUAAACAGUUAUGGCCGUUCAAUGACGACGCUAUAGAUUCUCAUGUGCUAUAAUUUGCUUUUUCCCUACAUUCAACAGUGACUGAUUCAUUGCAGAAUUGUAUUAAAUAGUAAACUGGGCUCACAUGUAAUCACAAUAUUUGUAAACUGAAUCCAUGAAGCUCACCUUACAGCGGACUGCGGCAUUUUUUAUAGCUUGUUUAUUGAGAAAUCUUUUAGCUUGUUAUCCAUACUUUGCAGGUUUAGAGCCCUUUACUCGAUGGUUAAACUUGCCUUCCAAAUAAAGCAUAUAAACUGCUUACAGGAAACUGAAUUUUUGCACAUAUGUCGAGCAAUGUUUGCAGGACUUUCCAUCACGGUAGAGAGUUUCUUGAAAGUGUGGUUUGUGGUUUCUGAGGCUGGCUCUUUCUGUAUCUUUUUUGGCUGAUAUUCGUUUAAAGCUUUGUAUUAUGUUAUUGCAGUGACUUAUCAGAUAUGGAGUUUUGUAGAGGUGCUAUACAGAAUGUAAAGGAUCAGGGUCUGUCUGCAUAGAGUUAGAGCUUUUAUUAGGGAGUAAUAAUAAAGAAAUACAAAAAGGCAGUUUAAAAUAUAGUAACUGUUGUUUGAUCUCCUAAUCUACUGACCUACUGUUACAUCCUGCACUACACGUCACAUCCAGAACAAACAGAACAAAUUAGCUGACCUGACAACUUCAUAGAUACUCUUUCAUUCCAUCCUCCCAAGCACCCACUCAGUACAUUCAGCUUCUCACUACAUUCCUACAGGCACCUUCUUAGUACAUUCAUUCAAUACAUUCCUACAGGCACAUUCUCGGUGCAUCCCUACAGGCACCUUCUCAGUACAUUCCUUUAGGCACCUUCUCAGUAAAUUGCUACAGGUACCUUUGCAGUGGAUUGCUACAGGUACCUUCUCAGUACAUUCCUGCAGGUACCUUCUCAGUACAUUACUUCAAGACAUUCCUACAGGCACCUUCUCUGUACAUUCCUACAGGCACCUUCUACAGGCACAUUCUCGGUACAUCCCUACAGGCACCUUCUCGGUGCAUCCCUACAAGCACCUUCUCAGUACAUCCCUACAAGCACCUUCUCGGUACAUUCCUACAGACACCUUCUCAGUACAUCCCUACAGGCACCUUCUCGGUACAUUCCUACAGGCACCUUCUCAGUGCAUCCCUACAGGCACAUUCUCAGUACAUUCAUACAGUUACCUUCUCAGUACAUUCCUACAGGUACCGUCUUGGUACAUUCCUUCAGGCACCUUCUCAGUACAUCCUUACAGGCACCUUCUUGGUACAUCCCUAAAGGCACUUACUCGGUACAUUCCUACAGACACCUUCUCAAUACAUUCCUUCAAUAUAUUCCUACAGGCACCUUCUCUGUACAUUCCUACAGGUACCUUCUCGGCACAUUCCUACAGGCACCUUCUCAGUAAAUCCCUACAAGCCCCUUCUCGGUACAUCCCUACAGGCACCUUCUCGGUACAUCCCUACAGGCACCUUCUCGGUACAUCCCUACAGGCACUUUCUCGGUACAUUCCUACAUGCACCUUCCCGGCACAUUCCUGCAAGUACCUUCUCAGUACAUUCCUUCAAUACAUUCCAACAGGCAUCUUCUCGGUACAUUCCUACAGGUACCUUCUUGGUACAUUCCUACAGGCACAUUCUCAGUACAUACCUACAGGCACCUUCUUGGUACAUUCCUACAGGUACUUUCUACAGGCACAUUCUCAGUACAUCCCUACGAGCACCUUCUCGGUACAUUCCUACAGGCACCUUCUCAGUACAUCCCUACAGGCACCUUCUCGGUACAUCCCUACAGGCACCUUCUCAGUACAUCCCUACAGACACCUUCUCAGUGCAUCUCUACAGGCACAUUCUCGGUACAUUCCUACAGGCACAUUCUCAGUACAUCACUACAGGUACCUUUUCAGUACAUUCCUACAGGCACCUUCUCAGUACAUCCCAGAGGCACAUUCUCAGUACAUCCCUACAGGUACCUUCUCAGUACAUCCCUACAGGCACCUUCUCAGUACAUCCCUCCAGGCACCUUCUCAAUGCAUUCCUAGAGGCGCCUUCUCAGUACAUAACUUACAGGCACCUUCUCGGUACAUUCCAAUAGGCACCUUCUCAGUACAAUCCUACAGAUACCUUCUUGGUACAUUCCUAUAGGUUCCUUCACAGUACAUCGCUACAGACACCUCCUCGGUGCAUUCCGACAGGGACCUUCUCUGUACAUUCCUACAGGUACCUUCUCGGUACAUUCCUACAGGCACAUUCUCAGUACAUACCUACAGGCACCUUCUCGGUACAUUCCUACAGGUACUUUCUACAGGCACAUUCUCAGUACAUCCCUACAAGCACCUUCUCGGUACAUUCCUACAGACACCUUCUCAGUACAUCCCUGCAGACACCUUCUCAGUGCAUCUCUACAGGCACAUUCUCGGUACAUUCAUACAUGCACUGUCUCAGUACCUUCCUACAGGCACAUUCUCAGUACAUCACUACAGGUACCUUUUCAGUACAUUCCUACAGGCACCUUCUCAGUGCAUCCCUACAGGCACCUUCUCAGUACAUCCCAGAGGCACAUUCUCAGUACAUCCCUACAGGUACCUUCUCAGUACAUCCCUACAGGCACUUUCUCAGUACAUCCCUACAGGUACCUUCUCAGUACAUACCUAGAGGCGCCUUCUCAGUGCAUUCCUACAGAUACCUUCUUGGUACAUUCCUAUAGGGUUCUUCACAGUACAUCCCUACAGACACCUUCUCAGUGCCCUACAGACACCUUCUCAGUGCAUUCCUACAGGCACCUUCUCAGUGCAUUCCUACAGGCACCUCCUCAGUGCCUUCUUAUAGGUACCUUUUCAGUACAGGCCUACAGGCACUUUCUCCGUACAUUCCAACAGGCACCUUCUCGGUACAUUCCAACAGGCACCUUCUCAGUACAUUCCUACAGGCACAUUCUCAGUGCAUUCCUACAGGUACCUUAUCAGUACAUCCCUGCAGGCACCUUCUCAGUGCAUUCCUAGAGACACCUUCUCAGUACAUUCCUACAGGCACAUUCUCAGUGCAUUCCUACAGGUACCUUAUCAGUACAUCCCUGCAGGCACCUUUUCAGUGCAUUCCUAGAGGCACCUUCUCAGUACAUUCCUGCAGGCACCUUCUCAGUGCAUUCCAACAGGCACCUUCUCAGUGCAUUCCUACAAGCACAUUCUCAGUGCAUUCCUACAGGUACCUUCUCAGUACAUUCCUACAGGCACAUUCUCAGUUCAUUCCUACAGGUACCUUCUAAGUACAUUCCUACAGGCACAUUCUCAGUUCAUUCCUACAGGUACCUUCUCAGUACAUUCCUACAGGCACAUUCUCAGUUCAUUCCUACAGGCACCUUCUCAGUACAUUCCUACAGGCACAUUCUCAGUGCAUUCUUACAGGUACCUUCUCAGUGCAUUCCAACAGGCACCUUCUCAGUGCAUCCCUACAGGCACAUUCUCAGUGCAUUCCUACAAGCACAUUCUCAGUGCAUUCCUACAGGUACCUUAUCAGUACAUCCCUGCAGGCACCUUUUCAGUGCAUUCCUAGAGGCACCUUCUCAGUACAUUACUUACAGGCACCUUCUUGGUACAUUCCCAUAGGCACCUUCACAGUACAUCCCUACAGACACCUUCUCAGUGCAUGCCUGCAGGCACCUUCUCAGUGCCUUCUUAUAGGUACCUUUUCAGUACAGGUCUACAGGCACUUUCUCUGUACAUUCCUUCAGGCACCUUCUUAGUACAUUCCUCUAUUGCCUGAGGCUUGCCAAGGUUCCUAAGCUUUGUUUGUUUGUGUUGACAGCUGUACAAACUGCUCAGGAUUUAAAGUGGUGGACAGGAUGAAAGAAUGGGCAUCAGGCUGUCUUGCUUGAAAGGUAAGAAACACGGAAUCAAAUUUAGAAUUCACAUCAUUAUCUAAACUCUGAAUUGUAGUGAAAUUGAAAACCAAAUUGCAAGUUAUAGGCAAAAAUAGCCACACUUAGACUAUAGCUGAGUAGAGGAAUGUGUCCAGUUGCUGUCUAAGCCCCCCUUGUGUUGUAGAACGCAUAUACUCUCCAAAUAUUAAUGAUACAAUAAAGGCAUCGCUGUUAGUUUGUUUGUAUUGUUCAUUCCUUACACGUGACCGCACGUGGCAAUAUUCCCAGAUUGUGGCUUACAAGACAAUGUAAUUGCCUAUAGUAAAAUAAAACAGGUUUCCAUGCUGCUGUACGAGUAAAGUGGCUCGUUUUGUUAGGAACAUGAAAAGAAAUGUAUUUGUUCGGUGCCGCACAUAAAACACUUUAAAGGGCUGCCAGGUAGGGGCUCUUACUAACAAUCCACCUUUAAUUUAAAAUUGUAAAUCAUAAUAAAUCGUGACUAGCAUUGCUUGGUAAACAUGGCCUAUAGACAGCUACAUUCUUAUACCUUCUCAUGUUAUUCUGAUGUUUUCUAAAAAUGUUGGAAGAUGAAGGUUUUGCCCCAAAAAGCUGUAGGCUAUGACUGUUGCACGAGAUUUGCUCAAUUUAGAGGGUUUUUGCAGCGUUUGGCAGUAGUCGGAUACCUGUGACAUGCUCAGGAAAUACUGUCCCCCCCACCCCUCCCCCUUAUGUACAUAUGGCAGGGUGACAAGGCCAAAUACACACCUCAUAACACGCAUGUGUGGCUUUUCUGCAAAAUAAUGCAAAACAAAUUCUGGCCCAUGAAUAUGUAAGAGGAAAGGGAUAACUUUUGGAAAACACGCACAAAAAUACAUUGUUAAUGGUACUGGAUAUGUCAAGCACAUAGUGAUAGGUAUACGAAGGUAUAAAUUAAUAAAUAUGGGAUAAAAUAAAAUGUUCCAUCAGCCUUUUCACAUAUAAUUCUAUUCACUUUCAGCUACUGGUGUUUUCUAUAUAAAACAAGUCAUAUAAUUUCCUUUUGACUUUGGGAGGUCCAUAAAUAUUUGGACAGAGACACUCGGUAUGUUCUUUUGGCCCUGUACAUCAACUCACUGUCAGUGAAAUAAAACAAUGAGCAAGAGGGUAACGUGUAGACUGUCCACUUUAGUUUUUAUUGUGGUAAAUUCUACAAACUGUACCUAGGGUACUUUGUAUGUAUAUCUACCGUCUCCUUUUUUUAGAGGACCAAAACUAUUUGGACCAAUUAACACAAAAAGUAUAAAUGAUAAAAGAACCAGAUAUACGGAUCUAUAUCACGACCAAGGGCUUUGUAUACUUUCUUUUUUCUUGUUGGUGUAGUGGUUGGUGCCGGGCAUUUAUUCCCUGGUCUUACAAUAGUACUGCCUUAUUAUAUUGUAUAUACUUUUUCAUUGAGAGUUUUUAAUGUUUUAUUAUUGUGCAUUCCAAGUCUAUUCCCACAAUAAAGCCUUGCUAUAUUUUAAUAUAUUACAUUUUGAAAUCCUAUUUUUACUUUCUUUAUAUCACUGUAUCUUUAGUGUCUAGCGCCCUAUCUGGUGGGUUAUAUAUCCAUCUUUUCUCCAAUUAACACAAGCCUAGAAUUGUCCUGUUUCAUUCUUGGUUGCAGAUUCUUUGCAUUUGAUGGUUGCUUGAAGUAGGUUAUCCGUAGAUCUAAUCAGAUACAUGGUAUCCUCUUUGAUGAUACUCCGUCAGUCUCGCUCUGCAGCCCACUUUCACAGCUUGUUUGAGUCACAAGAUUUUUCUUUUGAGUCAUCUGUUGCCCAACUUGGCAAGUCAAGAACAUACAACCUUUUCUGACGUAAAACUAAUUACAUGUUUAGAUGUUUGCUGCUUGUUGAGGCACAAUCCCAACAGACUGCAAAGACAGUUGCCUCCCCUAAAACCAGCUCUAGAACUUUUUGUUGAUGUUAAUGCUCUCUGUAUCGGAAGUGUACACUGGUGUCUGCAGAAUAGUGUCCUUUAAGAUAGCAUAGUCUGCUACAUCAAACAUUAAAUAUAAUAGACUGCGUGUUCUGCCAAAUGAGUGUAAACUCUCACCUUUUCCCAACAUAUCGGCUUGCAGUGUUUGUAACAGUUUAAUCACAGGUUUGACUUAGUCCCUGUUUGCACAAAUAUAAGACAAAAUGAAAAAAAAAUGAAAAUCUGUCUUUGGGAAGGUGAGGAGAUUAUCAUCUAAUGUUUCAAUCUGAAGUUUUUAUUAGAUACACUGGAAGAAAAUGACAGUGGAUCUAUAUACCGAAGAUGUAACAGAAAUCGCUACAGUUUCCAUACUAGGUGUUAGGUGUCUCGUUGGUUCCUCUUGGAAGUGAAAUACAAUGGGUGGAGGAAUGGUUUAACGUUCCUGCAAUAGGUGCAGUGAUGGUCCUGACCCAUUUUAUGAAUAUAUUUUCACAAUAUAUGUGCUAUUGCUGCCAUAUACACCCUGAUGCUAACUUCUCUAGGGCCAGAGAAGUUAGUAUCAGCCCCUAUCGUGCAACAGUCAUAGCCUACAACCCAAGCUUCACUCUUACUAAAGGCAAGGCCUACUCUAUAUAAACUGUGAUACAAUGCUUGCAUUUCUGUAAAAUAUAUCUAGAGGUUUAACAGCUAUUCUUAUGUUUCCUUUCAUCCAGGCAGACAUGUUUGUAGCCCUAAUGAAGAUGCUCCAAUAGAAAUUUCCAACAUCCACCUUAAAGUUCCUGAUAUUAUUGUGACUCCUCCAACACCCACCGGCACAUUGAGUUCUAGAAGUGCUGGGCAACAAUCAGAAUCAGACACCGACGAAAACCUCUGUUGUUGAUUUAUUUCGGGGAAAUGGAGACUCAGAGCACCGUUUACUGUGAAACCUGCAAAACAUACAGUUACUAUCCUGGAAUAAAAUAUCCACACUACCAAACUUCAUCGAACUCUACAAGUCAAGGUCCGGAUGUGAUGUCUUCACAAGCUUCAUCGUCUUUAAUAUAGUCAUACGCACUUUAAAACAAAAAUCACAAAGAUUUAGUUGUAUCGAACUAUUUGGAGGCGGUAUCUGCAAAUUUAAAGGAGUAUGUAUGUGUGUUUAUUUCCAGCCCAACAACACAAUAUGGUGUGUUAGGAUGGUGACACUUGUUACCACACUUCACUUUAUUAUGUAUUUUGUAUAGUUCAGUCAAACACUGUCUGCCAUAUUCUGCAAUGUUCUAUUUAAUAUCUAGUCUAGGACUGCUGAGCUGACUGUAUUUGGUUCCCUUUUUAUUCAGGAGGUGAAAUGCGUUGAGAGAUAAAAUGAUGGAAUAUGGAAAGAAUCAAACCAGUGCGUUGAAAUGUGUGUGAACACUGCAAGAUUUUCUGUGUAUCGUUAUCAACAAGUUUAUUUUUUUGGGAAAAGAUAAAUAAUUGUAGUGAGAGCCUUUCGAAGUGCAAAUGCAAUAAUGUGAGCUAUAUGUAAAAAAAUAAAUUCUAGGGCAAUAUUCUAAUAGUGAAACAGUCACUGUGGAAACCAGUGAAAUGAUUCUCUUGAUGUCUAUGGUGAUUGUACCACUUUUAGAUGUAGAAUUUCUCAGCUUCUCUCUUAGAAAUACUGUGUACAUCUAGUAACAGUGGCUGAUAUUGACAUAUCAAUUUAUCAAUCCAGUCCUGCAAAUCACGAGAUCAGAUUUACUGGUUUAUUUACCGCAGUGAAUCAUCAGGAAUUCAAAGUGAAUGAAAAGUUUAAAAAAAAACAAAAAACGGAAACAUUCUCUAAGUCAACUACGUUUUAUUUUAGUUAUCUUGGUCUUAACUUUGAGAUUUAAUUUGAAUUGCUGACAAUUCACACAUUGGUGAAUAGACCCGUCAAAAUCCCAUUUCACAAUAAUUGUCCCAGAAAAGGGAUUUCCCAAGGCAGAAUAGGCCAUUUGCUGGUGAAGAUGCACAUAUAAGCUUAGAUCAUAUCUACUCUGUGUAUACAUUUCAAGUGUUUAAAAUACCUGUAGUCACUAAGACUAAGGUUAUAUUAAUUGGAUUUAUGUGCAAGGCUAACCAGUACUCGACCAGUGGCCACACAACAUCACUUACAUUAACUUGCACAAGUGUUACAAACCUGAGAAUGUUGGACUAAACAGGUUCUGUUUGUUUGUUUUUUCCUGCAAUCUGAGCUUCCUUACUAAGAAACAAUACAUCCGUGCCAAAGUAUUUUAUUAUGUUUGUUGUUUAUUAUGUUUCAUGAUAUAUUUCCUUUAAUUUACAAAAAUGAUGGACACAUGUAGAAAGCCGGCCACUUAAAAUCAGGUAAAAAACAAAAAGAGAAAAAGUAAAUAAAAAUUAUAUAUAUAUCUUUAUAAAACACAAAAAGCAAAUGACUCUGGAGAAUUGAACCUGUGGUUAAUCACAGCAGCUGUGAAAUGACGCGAAAUUAACAAUGCAUGGCUUUAUAAUGCUGCUGACACUCAAUAAGUAGGACAAUCCGAGCCGCCAUAAGAUCUUUCGGGAUAAGACUGUGAUGACGGCAAAGUGUAACCUUUGUUUCUUAAGAAGGUAAUAUAACACAAAUUGGGUUAUUUGCUUAACUCCAAAUUGUAGUAAAUUGAAGAUUGAAUUGCUAAAUUUAAGCUAAGGUUGUCAAACUGUGACAGUAGCUGAGUUGGACAAUUUGGUUUUCAGAUUAGCUGUGAUGGACAGUCUGUGUUGGUUAGCGUGGAUACGUCUGGUAUGCAUAGGGGACUUUCCUCUAAUGCCUUCAUCUGUAUCCAGUUGAGUGGCUCGCCAAUUCGCCAUCAGUGACCAUGUUCUACCAGUAGUCACUCACAUGUCACCAAACAGUCUGUAUGCUCACUUUAAUUCUUUGGUUGAUUAAUUAUUCACUGGGAAACUGUAACACAGGCUGUAGAUAAUUUUUGGGUACAGCCAGGAGGAAAUUAAAAAAUAAAUAAUAUAUAUUUAUAUAUAUAUAUAUAUAUAUAUAUAUGUGACAAAUGCUAAUUUAGGCCAAAAUUGGGGAGCCAGGGAGAAUUUUAAAGUUUAGCUUAAAGGGACACUAUAGUGCCAGUAAAACCGCUUGGUUUUCCUGACACUAUAGUACCCUGAGGGUGCCCCAACCCUCGGGGUCCCCCUCCCGUGGCGCUGAAGGGGUUAAAACCCCCUCAGCUACUCACCCUUUUCCCCUGCCUCUCCUCCCCCGCCGACGUUAGAAUCCUUGUCUGACGUCACCGGCGCCGAAUGCGCAUUCAAAGUGUCCGUAGGAAAGCCUUUUUCAAUGCUUUCCAAUGGACGCUCUGCGUGAUUGAGGCAUAAUAUGAAUCAGGCAGGGUUAACCCUAGAGGGACCUGACACCCAGACCACUUCAUUGAGCUGAAGUGGUCUGGGUGACUAUAGUGUCCCUUUAAAACUUUCCAAUUUGUUAUUCAAUUCUCCAAAACGCUCGGUUUCAAUGAUAAACUCCACAGUUAUAGUUACAGUUAUAGACCCGGUCGCUGUUAUGAUGAUGGUUAUUUGGUUAGAAUGUCGGCAUUAAUAUAAAUAAAAUAUAUUUCUUUUG